AUGACAUACUUCUAUUGCAAAAUAUUGAAUUACUUUGACCGUAUCAUUCAUAUGAGAGAAAGAAUAGUCGCAUCAAUAAAAUAAAAAUUUAGUUCGUGAGAAUAUAUCCUUCAGUGCAUGUAGGAAGUUAGACUUUAUGAAAAAUUGCUCGUCGCAGGAUUAUUAUCCUCGUAGAAAGUUCAAGUAAACGAUGCUAGAAAAGUGAUAUGUCAAAGAACAAAUUGAGUGCUUUUCAUUCGCAUAUAACUAUGGCUGUAUUAAAAUCGAUAUUUAUUAUUCUCAGUAUCUGCGGAUGUUGGAGACCUUCAUCUUGGUCGCACUCGUUUUUUAAAUGUCUCGCUCAUAAUUUAUACACAUUCUUUAUAGCUCUUCUAGUAUCAUCUCUGUCUUUAUCGCAAAUGAUCGGUAUUGCUUCAAUCGCAAUUGAUUCGGGCGAAGUUUCCGAUGAUAUUUACGUAUUCUUAGCACAUUUCGUAUCUUGUUUCAAAAUGUUAUGUCUUGUGGUCAAUCGUAACAAUAUUGUUAAAUUAAUUGAUACUCUGGGACAAGAACCGUAUCGACCAUUGGACGAUAUGGAAACGAACAUUCAAACAAAGUUUGACAAAUUGUCUCGUAUUUGGAUAUUUUUCUUUCUCAGGUUCAACAUUCACAGUUAUGUAUCCUUGAUUACAUUCACGGUGAGCCACUUUUUAUUCAUGUCAUUGAUUACAGACUUUAGAAAAAGACAAUUAACUUUCCAAGCUUGGUUGCCGUUCGACGAUAGCAUGACACCCGUUGUAUUUUAUUUAACUUACGCUCACCAAAUGAUAGCACUGACAUUAGGGGCAAUGAUUCACGUCGCUCUAGAUACUCUGAUCAGCGAUCUUCUCCUAAACAUUUGCUGUCAGAUUAGAAUUUUGGAAAAUCGCCUUACAAAUAUCACGAAUGAACGGAAGGUCAUUUUGAAACUUUGCAUUCGUCAUCACGAAUGUAUAUACGGGUUUGCUGCUGACGUAAAUGAAACGUUUAAAUUUGCAAUUUUCGUCCAAUUUCUUGCAAGUACAUUCACAGUCUGUUUUACUCUAUUCCAAAUAACAAAAAUAUCAGUUAAUAGUUUGGAAUUUUUAAAAAUGACAUUAUUUAUGUUUGGCAUGUUAAUCCAAGUGUAUCUCUACUGCUGGUAUGGGAAUUUAGUAACUGUUAAGAGCGAAGAAAUUGUCUACCAAAUGUUCGAUACAGAUUUGAUGGAGCUAAACAAUGACAUCAAGAAGAGUCUUUUGAUUAUGAUGCAUCGUACGACGAGGCCGAUCGUUAUUAUCGUUAUGAAUCUGUUCCCUCUGAAUAUCGAUUCGUUCGUGAGCGUCAAUAGUUAAGACCGCAUACACGGCAUACAAUUUCUUGGAGCAAACUUAAGAAGAGUAAGUAGAAAAAUGUAGAAAAAGAGACCAAUGUAAAUGAUUUCAAUUAGUGCUUAGAUAUGAUAGACUUAUGAUGUAAAUAUUAAAAAUUGCAAUAGAGAUAAAAAGAGAAGAAUAAAAUAAUAUUACCUGCAAGAAAAUUCAUUGGGCUUCCUGUUUUAUCGCUUAAGGUAAUAAAAUUAUAUUUUCAUGU